AAAUUCAUCCAGCGAGCGAGGGCGCCCUCUCCGGUCUCCCCCCCCCCCCCCGAGCGCACCUCCCGAUCCGCUUCCGCCCGUGGCCGGCGGUUUCCUCCCCCCGCUUCACUCGCUGGGCAGCGACCGGCGCGGGGGUAGAGAUCCCUCCGAGAUUGGGCCGAUUUCAGUUGCUGGUUGUUUCGGAUUUGCUUGCUGCCUGCGCGGCGCGGGACUACUGAUAGCAGUGUUUUUUUCCGGGAGGAAUUGGCGGCUCGCCAGACCGGUUUCGCCUUCUGUCUGCAGUUCGUACCGCAGGACUUUAUACUCCAACAAGAACUAAAAGACAUGGCUGCAUCAAGGCCACCAAGCACCCCUAUGUCAAAGAUUGAGCGUGCACCGACCCUUACCCCUGGAGGUAGCUCCAAGUCCAAGGAGGAGAAAAUAUUUGUCACAGUUAGGGUGCGACCAUUGAGUAAGAAGGAGCUGGCCAUGAAGGACCAGGUCGUGUGGGAAUGUGCUGAUAGCCAGACAAUUCUAUACAAGGGUCCCCCACAGGACCGGGCUGCACCCACCUCUUACACUUUUGAUAAGGUGUUUGGGCAGAGUUGUCAAACAGACUUAGUUUAUGAAGAUGGAGCUAAGGAUGUUGCAAUGUCUGCAUUGACAGGCAUUAAUGCCACUAUUUUUGCCUAUGGUCAGACUAGCAGUGGCAAGACAUUUACCAUGAGAGGUGUGACAGAGAGUGCUGUUAGUGAUAUAUACAGGCACAUAGAAAAUACCCCCGAGAGGGAAUUUACUAUCAAGAUAUCUGCUAUGGAAAUAUACAAUGAGGAUGUGAAGGAUCUUCUAAAACCUGGCUCUGGUUCCCUUCGGCUGUUAGAUGAUCCUGAGAAAGGACCCAUUGUGGAUAAGUUGGAUGAGCAAGUUGCCAAGGACAAAGAACAUCUGAGGCAUCUAAUCAGCAUUUGUGAAGGACAAAGACAAGUUGGGGAGACUGCACUCAAUGAUGCUAGCUCACGUUCCCACCAAAUCAUUAAGCUGACAGUGGAGAGUAGGCUCCGUGAGGUGUCAGGCUGUGUUAAAUCUUUUGUUGCCAGUCUAAAUUUCGUUGACCUUGCUGGAAGCGAACGGGCUGCACAAACACAAGCAAUUGGUGCAAGAUUGAAAGAAGGAUCCCAUAUAAAUCGCAGUUUGUUGACUUUGACUAAAGUCAUCCGGAAGCUAAGCUCUGAGAAAAGAAGUGGACACAUACCAUAUCGGGAUUCGAAGCUAACACGUAUUUUGCAACUUUCUUUGGGUGGGAAUGCAAGAACAGCCAUCAUCUGUACCAUGAGCCCAGCCCUGACAUACGUAGAACAAUCUAGAAAUACUUUAUUCUUUGCAACCUGUGCCAAGGAGGUCACAAAUACUGCAAAAGUUAAUAUGGUUAUAUCUGACAAGCAGCUUGUGAAGCAGCUUCAAAUGGAAGUUGCUAGGUUACAAGCAGGACAAAGGACCAGCGACCAUGCCUCCCCUUCUGAGAUCCUCAUAAUGGAGAAGGACAGUAAAAUUAGACAGAUGGAAAUAGAAAUGGAAGAACUCAGGAAAGAACGAGAUAAUGCACGUUCGCAACUUGAAGAACUACGAAAGAAGAUGGGUGACAAGCUAGGGUGGAAUUCGUUUGACUCGCCACAAACGGCCCGAAAGUGCCUCACAUUUUCUGGGUCACUACAGCCUAGUAGAAUGAUCAAGAUAAGGAAUUCAAUCAGGCAAUCAUCCACUGCUCCAUUUAUGCUAAAGCAUGAGAUUCGCAAGCUCGAGCAGCUGCAACAGCAACUUGAGGUUGAAGCGAACCGAGCUAUUGAAGUAUUGCACAAGGAGGUUGAAUGCCACAAACAUGGCAACCAAGAUGCAGCGGAAACUAUUGCAAAACUUCAGGCAGAAAUCAAGGAGAUGCAAUCUGUUAGAUCUGAAAACAGAGACGUUGAGAUGAUUACAGAUGAAGGAAAUGGGUCUGACCUGAAAGAUGAAAUUACUAGGCUGCAUAUGCAAGACAGUGACAUUGCUAAACUUGAGGCGAAACUAGAAAAUGUACAGAGGUCUAUUGACAAAUUGGUCAUGUCACUUCCAAAUGCUGGCACGCAGUGUAAUGAGUCGUCCACAAAGUCCAAUGCGUCAAAAAAGAAGAGGAGGAUGCUUCUUCCACUGGGCGUGAGCAACCUGAACAGACCUAAUCUAGCACGAGCACCUUGCUCUCCUGACUCUUCUACCAGAACUUUGGAGCCAGAAGUUGAGAACAGAGCUCCAGACAGUCAUACCGCGUCUCAUGAGGAUUUAGGAAAAGCUACUCCCGCCAAGAGUGAAGACACUGGAGAUAUAUCGUUGCGUGAUGAAGCGCCUCGCAACAGGGGAUCCGGCUCAGUGAACAUGAAAAAGAUGCAGAGGAUGUUCCAAAAUGCUGCUGAAGAAAAUGUAAGGAACAUCAGGGAUUAUGUGACAGAGCUGAAGGAGCGGGUGGCGAAACUUCAGUACCAAAAGCAGCUGCUUGUCUGCCAGGUCUUGGAGUUGGAAUCUAAUGAAGCCAAACCAAAUGACAUGGAAGAAGAUCCACAAGAAAGUGCCGGAUGUCUACAAGACGGUCCUGAGUCAUGGGAGAGAUUGUUUAAGGAGCAGAUGCAGCACAUUAUCCAACUUUGGGAUAUCUGUUAUGUAUCCAUCAUACACAGGACUCAGUUCUACCGGCUAUUCAGGGGGGACACGGCAGAUCAGAUAUACAUCGAAGUUGAAGUCCGAAGACUGUUGUGGUUGCAGCAGCAUUUGGCUGAAGUCGGUGAUGCAAGCCCUGCUGCACCUGGUGACGAGCUUGCAGUUUCUCGAGCCUCAAGCAUCAAGGCGCUGAGGACCGAGCGGGAGUUUCUGGCGAGGCGGAUGGGGUCCAAGAUGACGGAGGAGGAGCGGGAGCGGCUGUUCAUCAAGUGGCGGGUGCCCCUGGAGGCGAAGCAGCGGAAGCUGCAGCUGGUGAGCAAGCUGUGGACGGACCCCGACGACCUGGCGCACGUCGAGGAGAGCGCCGACAUCGUGGCCCGGCUGGUGGGCUUCUGCGAGGGCGGCAACGUCAGCAAGGAGAUGUUCGAGCUCAACUUCGCGUCGCCGGCGGCCAAGAAGCCGUGGCUCACGGGCUGGCACCCCAUUUCCAACAUGAUCAGGGAGAGGGCUCAGCUCUGGUGACGAGCUCCGUCGGGCCGGCCAUUGCCUUGCCGGUGAGGGGAAACGAGCCUAGAUUUCGUCGUGUCCAUGCUCCGGACAUGAUGGCCUGUUCUCGUUCGAGUAGGGAUGGAUGGAGGAUGGUGUAUAUUGAAUUUUUUUGGGAGAGGUUAUAAAAGGCUCUGGAAAAGUAAUCAUUUGGCUA